CAGUGGUUAGUAAUAAUAGUGGUGACAGUUGUGAUGGAAAAGAUGAUUAAUGUUGUAGUGACUAAUGUGAUGGUAACUGAAGAACGUGUGGUAGUUAACGAUAUGUUGUUGUCAAUUAGCAACCGUACUAAUUGUAAUAAUGAAAAUAGUGUAGUAGAUAUUGAUCGCAGUGAUGAUAAUGUGAUUGAUAGUGAUAGAAGAAAGGGUGGACUGUUUGAUGGAGGUGGAGGUGACUUGUAGUAGUAGAAGUGGUUAGGGAUCGUGUAGAAGUGGUUAGGGAUCGUGGUUGGUGGUUAGUGACGUAAUUAUAUAUAAUUAACCAUAGUGAUAAUGAUGAUAAUGGCAAAGAUGAUUGGUAAUGAUGUGAUUGUGGAUAAAAUGGUAAGAAAAGUUAUCCACACUCCGCCAAGAUAGACUGAGGCGGCUGUUUUUAUUUACGUUUAUAUCAAAACAUUUAUUAGAAGCUGAGUGAUUUGCCGCAUCCCAUCGUUACGUCCCACUACAUUAUUGAUGUUGAGUCAUUCAUUGAACCUGAGACCACAAAAAAACAAAAAGGACUCUAUGGCGAUUUAUCCCCUCGUUGAAAAGGAAAAUGAAAUAUGUAUCUGUUUGUUUGAUUUUAUUUAAAAGAAUGACACAUACUCUACUUGUUUAAUUUUUCGACAAUGUUUACUACUAUUUCCAGAAAGGGGUAUAUGAUCAAUAAGAAAGGGUGAAAUAUUAUUGCAUUGAGAUAUUGAUAAAAAAAAUUAUAUUACAGUAUAAGAAAAUAACAGUGAAUUGAAUGGAUAACAAGAGUCAAGAUUGACAUCUAAGGUGCUAUCAAGCUUUUGAUUGGUUUACACAAGCCGCCGCCUAUAUUUACUGCAUUAAUACCUCUUAGGUCAUUUCAGUAUCCACCUAACAGAAUUGAUUGCUAAAGGGGCCUCAUAUGCUUCUAUUUUUUAAACUUAUAAAGUCAAAUGAAUAUUUGGUGUCUUAACAAGUGUAAUAUAGUGAGUGAACAUGGGAUCAAGAAAUAUUUGGUUUCCUUCUUCUUUACAUCUAGUCUUGCUUUCAUGGGUUUUUUUUGCUCAUCUAUUUUUAGCUUUAGCACAAAGAUCCACUUACAUUGUCCAUCUUGACAAGUCCUUUAUGCCUAAUGUCUUUGCUCAUCACCAUCAUUGGCAUUCUUCCACUCUUGAUUCUAUCAAAGCUGUUGUUCCUUCAUCAGUAGACAGAUUCCACUCUGCCCCAAAACUUGUUUAUUCCUAUGACAAUGUGUUUCAUGGCUUCAGUGCUGUUUUGUCCAAACAUGAACUGGCAGCUUUGAGGAAGUCACCAGGUUUCAUUUCAGCAUACAAAGACAGAACUGUGGAACCUCAUACUACCCAUACAUCUGAUUUCCUUAAGCUUACUCCUUCGUCGGGGUUGUGGCAAGCUUCUGGUUUAGGACAAGAUGUGAUCAUUGGUGUUCUUGACGGUGGAAUCUGGCCAGAAUCCGCGAGUUUCAGAGAUGAUGGUAUGCCUGAAAUACCCAAAAGGUGGAAAGGUAUUUGCAAUCCAGGCACUCAGUUUAAUACUUCAAUGUGCAACAGAAAACUCAUUGGGGCUAAUUACUUCAAUAAGGGAAUUUUGGCGAAUAAUCCUACUGCGAAAAUCUCCAUGAAUUCUGCCAGGGAUAAUGAUGGUCAUGGCACACAUUGCGCUUCCAUCGCUGCUGGGAACUUUGCUAAAGGUGCUUCUCAUUUUGGAUAUGCACCGGGGACAGCAAGAGGGGUUGCUCCACGAGCUAGGAUAGCGGUCUACAAGUUUAGCUUUGAUGAAGGAACACUAUCAUCAGAUUUAAUUGCUGCUAUGGACCAAGCUGUUGCAGACGGUGUUGACAUGAUAUCCAUUUCUUAUGGAUACCGUUUCAUUCCCUUGUAUGAAGAUGCUAUAUCCAUUGCUUCUUUCGGAGCUAUGAUGAAGGGAGUAUUGGUCUCAGCUUCAGCUGGAAAUGAAGGUAGCGGUUCAUCUGUAGAAAAUGGAUCUCCAUGGAUCUUGUGUGUGGCAUCAGGCCACACUGACAGGAGAUUUGGAGGAACUUUGACUUUAGGCAAUGGAUUAAAAAUUAGGGGGUGGACCUUGUUUCCUGCAAGAGCCUUUGUCAGGGAUUCUCCAGUUAUAUACAACAAGACUCUAGCCGCUUGCGAUUCAGAUGAAUUGUUAUCGCAAGUUCCUGAUCCCGAACGCACCAUCAUCAUCUGUGAUUACAAUGCAGAUGAAGAGGGUUGGGGUUUCUCUAGCCAAAUUUCUCACGUCAUCAGAGCGAAACUUAAAGCAGGCAUCUUUAUUUCUGAGGAUCCAGAAGUUUUCAGGUCUUCUUCAUUUCCCUACCCAGGAGUUGUGGUUGACAAAAAGGAAGGGAAACAAAUCAUCAAUUACGUUAAAAAUAGUGUUUCUCCGACUGCUACAAUCACGUUCCAAGAAACUUACGUGGAUGGAAGCCCAGCCCCAGUUGUUGCAGGAGACUCCGGACGAGGGCCCUCCAAAAGCUACUUGGGAAUUGCAAAGCCAGAUAUUAUGGCGCCAGGGGUACUGAUUCUUGCAGCAUUUCCACCUAAUCUCAUUUCAGAUAGUAUUCAGAACAUACAAUUAACCACUGAUUACGAGCUUAAAUCAGGCACAUCCAUGGCUGCACCUCAUGCUGCUGGAAUUGCAGCAAUGCUAAAAAGUGUGCAUCCCGAAUGGAGUCCUUCAGCUAUUCGCUCUGCCAUGAUGACAACAGCAAACCAUUUGGAUAAUACUCAAAAUCCUAUUAGAAGGGAUAAUAAUAGGGUAGCCACACCCCUAGAAAUGGGAGCAGGACACGUUGACCCGAACAAAGCUCUUGAUCCCGGCCUCAUAUAUGAUGCCACUCCACAAGAUUACAUAAAUCUUAUAUGCUCUUUGAAUUUCACGGAAGAGCAGUUCAAAACAUUUGCAAGAUCAUCAGCCAAUUACAACAACUGCUCAAAUCCAUCAGCUGAUCUCAAUUACCCAUCAUUCAUUGCGUUGUACCCAUUCAGCAUCGAGCGCAAUUACACCUGGUUGGAGCAGAAAUUCAGGAGGACCCUUACUAAUGUUGGUAAAGGUGAAACAACUUAUAAAGUGAAGAUAGAAACUCCGAAGAAUUCCACAAUUUCAGUGUCUCCGCGAACUCUGGUGUUUAAGGGGAAAAAUGAUAAGCAAAGUUAUAGUUUGACAAUUCGAUAUAUAGGUGAUAGUGAUCAGAGUACGAACUUUGGGUCGAUCACUUGGGUUGAAGAGAAGGGUAACCACUCUGUUAGGAGUCCUAUAGUGACGUCUCCCAUAAUCGAGGUCUGGGGUAGCUAGUGAUGACUAGGGCCAUCAGAUUCUUGAGUUUUAGAGGUAUAAAGGGAAAUGAAGUGAGAUAAAAAUUAAAAAAAAAAUUGUAUAUUUCUUUCUAUGUGAAUGUACAAGCUAAAAGUUUUUGCUUUGAACAAAUGAGGGCAAGCUAAUGAAUAUGUGCGCAGAGAAUACUGGUUUACAGUAGUUGAAGUUUCAUUGUAAUUAAUAAACAUGAUGUUGAGUUAAUAAUACCAUGCUAAUUAAUUCAAUA